GUUGGGACGAACAGGAGCAAGAUAGUACAGUUGCCUCUGGUACGCUCGACCGUUCACAUUGGUUGACGGAGAAACGACUUUUUGUGUCCCUGAGAUUUAAUAUUUUACAUCUGCUGCGUGAACAAAUUAGUGAAAAUAAUUCAAGUGACUGUUUGUUGUUUUUUUUUUAUUCGAAAAGCGUCGGGAAAGCGCAAAGAAGAAAUACGUGAAGCUGAACGCAAAGCAGCCAAGCGUCCACCAUGUUUGAUGUAUUCGGCUCCGUUAAGGGGCUUCUUAAACUUGAUCAAGUAUGCAUCGACAACAAUAUUUUUCGUCUGCACUACAAAGCAACGGUGGUAAUUCUAAUAGCGUUUUCGCUGUUGGUCACGUCGAGGCAAUACAUUGGCGACCCGAUCGACUGCAUUGUCGAUGAAAUUCCUCUAAAUGUGAUGGAUACAUAUUGCUGGAUCUACUCAACUUUCACCAUCCCGAACCGCUUGACCGGAAUCGCAGGCAAAGAUAUUGCACAGCCAGGAGUGUCAAGUCACGUCGACGGCCAUGAUGAAGUGAAAUACCAUAAAUACUAUCAGUGGGUGUGCUUUGUGCUCUUCUUCCAAGCCAUGCUAUUCUAUAUUCCACGCUACCUCUGGAAGACAUGGGAAGCAGGCAGGAUCAAGAUGUUGGUACUUGAUCUCAACAUGCCCGUUGUCAAUGAUGAAUGCAAGGAUGAGCGCAAAAAGAUUCUAGUGGAUUACUUCGUAGAAAACAUCAACCGGCAUAAUUUCUAUGCUAUACGCUUUUUUAUUUGUGAAGUUCUUAAUUUUGCGAAUGUCCUCGGUCAAAUUUAUUUCAUGGAUUUCUUCCUCGAUGGAGAAUUUUCAACAUACGGAAGCGAUGUUGUGCGUUUUACUGAAAUGGAACCAGAGGAUAGAGGCGAUCCGAUGGCUCGUGUUUUUCCUAAAGUCACAAAAUGUACAUUCCACAAGUAUGGUCCCUCCGGAAGCGUUCAGAAAUUCGAUGGCCUCUGUGUGUUGCCUUUGAAUAUUGUUAACGAGAAAAUCUAUGUCUUUUUGUGGUUCUGGUUCAUUAUUUUAACAAUUUUGACCGGGGCAUCAUUGGUUUACCGUGCUGCUGUCGUGCUGAUGCCCAAAGUAAGAUUAUACUUGCUGCGCGCUAGGUCACGUCUGUCUGAACAUGAAGAAGUCGAAUUAAUCUCAUCUAAGUGUCAGUUGGGAGAUUGGUUUAUUCUGUAUCAGUUAGGAAAAAAUAUCGAUCCGCUAAUUUAUAAAGAAAUUAUUUAUGAUCUCUUUAUAAGACUAGAGGGUAAAGAGGUCGUAUAAUGCAAACAUAAGUAUUUUGUAAAAAAAAACGGAAGACGGAGCGGAUAGCAAGAAGUGAAUCAUCGAUCGCGGUUUCGAACCUGCCCAGUUGAAAAGAAUAAGAAUAAGACGAACGAGAUGAACAAAACCUGUUGAACACAGCCUGGCGAACAUCGGAAAAGGAUCGUUUCGGUAUAGUAGUAACAAUAGGAUGACUGAAUCAACACUCCAUAAAAACAAUUAGUGCUAAAUGUGCCUCAAAUGGAACCCGAUCGUGAAAUGACAUAGAUAGGCUUAGUGACAAUAAUGAUAUCAUUUUCUAAUAAUUUGACAUUCCAAUUUUUAAACUCCGCAUAUUUUUAAAUUCUCUCUAACCAUGUUCGCGCGAUAGAAACAAUCAGAAAGAGAAAUCUGCCAUAAAAUAUGCGUCUGAUUAGGAAUAAGAAGAAACGUAAAGGUUCUCCAAUUAGUAGCUCAAGCCCAUUUUCAAAAUUGCUGUGUCAACAAUAAAAUAAAAUCAAUUCAAAAUCACAUUAUUCUUUCACAAUACACUUUCGACCUACUUUAAUGCAUUUAAGUUUAUCGAUAGGUAAGAUACGAUGGGCUAAAUAUGGAUCGAUGUUGUUUUCCAUUUUUUUUCUAGUACCAUGCUCCUUUUUUCGAAUAACGACGCUAUCAGAAUUGGUUGCUUAAUUUUCUCAUUUUAUUUAAACAAAUAAUAAAGAUAUUGAAAGUAGUUUCAACAUAUGCUCAAGAAAAAGAUGCACAAUAAAGAAAAAUACACAUGCGAAAAAAAAUUGACGGAGCAUUAAACCAUGUUUUAUAUCGACUAUAUUAACAAUAUGAUUCACUCUUUGCAUUGAAUGAAUAAUCUAAAAAGCUAGCAGUAUCAUCAUCAUUCCAUUUUUGAACUGAAUGAUAUAAGUAAGCACUCAAGUGUUGUGAAAAUUUCAAAUAUUAUCAUUUUCUAACCAAUUUAAAUCAUACGUAGAUUGAAAGAGGCAUAUUUUAUUACAUAUCCUAUAAAAAUAUAUAGUAGUCCUGAUCUCUAAAAAGCUGUUUGAAUGAAUGUUGAAAGGGAAUGAAUCAAAUUGUUAAUAUCAGUCUAUAGUAGUGAGUCCAAUCUUAGUGAUUUUAGUGAUAAGCAGAAACAAUAUAUUUCGGAGCCUUUCGACGCAUAUGUACGACUGUAGUAAAGAAUUGUGAUUCACAUUAAUAUUAUAUAUAAAUAUUAUUCCUAGCCAGCUUCCGCACAACAAUCAGUCAAUAUUUUUCGGAUAAAAGAUUAACACGUAUUUUGAAAAGACAUAGAUUGGCCUGCAUUUUAGAGAGAUCUGAGCAUUUAUUCUAUUUCAAUAUCAAUCUACAAAAUAAGAUAAUAGUUUUUAUAGCAU